AUGAAUGGCCAGUCAGGAGCCAUGUCGCCUGUCUCCGUCGAUGGUAGCGACUGGUCCGGCCUCAAUCAAUACCAGAAGUCGUCGGACCCGCCUUUUUCGCCAACAUUCUCCUCUCGCGGCAAUUUAGCCACUCCCCCGACAUCUGGCGUGCCCAGCGCACCCUUAAGCCCUAGUGGCACCGCUUUGUCACUGCCUGGCAGCGCAAACCCAUCACCUCCCAGUUCCGUGGGAGGUGCGAGAUCCAGCUCGGGGACACUAGGCGAGGAGCGCGAUGGUGGCCGACGAAGACGCCAGAUGGAGGAAAUAUUACAUCAACACUAUGUCGCCCUGAAGCGGUUCCUCAGUGCUACCUACCGCGAAGACCGAGUGAACGGCCGCUCCAACAAAGCUCGCGAUAAGCUGCUACGACUAUCACCCACACAAUUCCACGAACUUAGUACCGACGUCUACGACGAACUUAUUCGUCGCCAGCAAACUACACCUGCUCCUGGACGGCCACCUCGCCCUGACGCUCCUACUUUUCUCCCUCCUCGCGAUGACUUCCACGAAAAACGCAAUCAUGCCCGACAGAAGCUUGCGAUGCUUCAGCAUCAGCGCUUCCGAGAUCUAGCGACCGAUGUCUUCUGUGAACUGGAGCGUCGCUUUCCCCAGUUCACAGGCCGCGGCCGUGCUCCGCCCAAUAUGCCCCCGGGCGCUCGCCGCUCACAAUCUCGUGGACCCCCGAGUCGCAUGGGUCGAGGCUAUCCAUCUGGUGGUCCCCCUGGCAGCCCCUUCCCGCCCCGGCAAGGUUCUCUUGGUGGGCCACCUUCUAUGAAUGGUGAUGGUCCUUUGGCCCGAUCUUUCCAGAGUAACACUAUGGUCCCUAAUAAGAGUACAAUGGUUGAAGAUAGCGAUGAUAUGGGAAUGGAUGAUGACGAUGAUGCUCGGAGUGAUGCUUUUGCGCUGGAUGCAGUACUGAGCAGACGAGGAACUGCCAUGACUUUAAGUGAUGGGGAAAGAAAAAUGCUGCUGGACAGUCAAGCCCAAGUGUCGGCACUACAAGAGAAAGUGGAAAAAUUAGAAGAAUCAGUUCGCGCGAAAGACGAAGAAUUGUCUCGGUCACAAGAUUCAGAUCAAUCAGCGGUCAGCCAUAGUGAACGCCAGGAGUGGGAUGAUCUCCGCCAAGAUUUGGAGAGCAAAGUAUCCCAGGCCGAAAGUCUUAAUACCUCGCUUCAGCUUGAGCUGGAUCGAGUUCGCUCAGAGCAAGAUAACCUGGAACGGGAUCUCCGGGCUCAACUUGAUGAAGUCUCUCGAGAAUCUGGCGAUGUAGACUUGGUAGCUCGGUUUGCUGAUCUGGAGGUUAAGCAUCAAAGCCUUCAGGUGGAAUUACAACAACAGCAGUCUGUCACCGCAGAGGUCCGACAGGAAGCAUCUGAGUUUCUCAUGGAAAUGAAGACUCUGACCGCUCAGAGCCACUCUAAUUGGGAACGCGAAGAACGGUUGUCAAAUGAUGUCGAGAAGCUCCAAGGUGAGGUUGGCGAGUGGAAGGACCGCUAUGCAAAGGCAAAGGCACAAUUGCGCCAUCUGCGUACUUCAUCAGGCGGCAUCUCUGAUAUGCUACCUGACGCAAGCGUCAUUGUCAAAGAGCACGAACUCGUCCAGGCCGACGGUGUGGUAAAGGAUAUCCAUGUCACCAAGUUCCAGAUGUCCAUUGAUGAGCUGCUUCGAGCUGCCCGGUACGAGGACGCCCAGGAGGUGUCCCACCACAUCAAACCUAUUAUCAUUGCUGUUCGCUACAUGAUUAAUGAUGUGGACAAGGCUCCUGCCCCGGUUGACGGUACAGCUGCCCUUCGCAUGAAGGCUAAAGGCAGAGUAUCUGCCACUGCCAACAACAUGAUUACUGCUGCUCGCAACUUCACUAGCUCCAGUGGGUUAUCGCCUGUUUCUUUGCUUGAUGCUGCUGCCUCCCAUCUUUGCACUGCUGUGGUGGAAUUGGUCCGUGUGGUUAAAAUCCAAGCAUCCCCUGCGGAUGACUUGGAUGAAGUUGAUGUGGGUGUUUCCCAGGAAAAAUUCCCGGAUUACUUCAGCACAACUGCUAGCCAAAGGCGAUACAGCAACAACUCUGAAUAUAGUGCAUUGAGCCCUCCUGAGCAUGACCACCCUGCCAUGCAGAACGGUUACACCAAUGGCUACGGCUAUGCUGCUCCCCAGGAAGAUCACGAAGUCCAAGAGCUUAAGCUUUACGUUGAGGACCAGACUGAUGGCAUGGUCCAGUCUAUUCAAGCCUUGGUUGCUAGCAUUCGAGCCGAACAUGAACUGAGCAGCGUCGAAUCUCACGUCUCCGCCAUUGGGCAGGUUGUUUCCAAUGUGGUUUCUGCCACGGAACACCUGAUUCAUGAACGCAGCGGUGAUACUGCCCUGCGCGAGCAAUCUGAGCCUGCGGUUCACUCUCUUGAUGAAUGCCGUGGCCGAUUGAUAAGUGCUGUUGCCCAAGGUCACCACACUACCCGCCCCGAGGAACUGCGCGAGGUGACCAACCAAUUGCCUCCAAUUGCAUUCGAGAUCGCUCGCCAGACCAAGGAACUGGUGCAGCGCCUGGAAUCAUUAAUGCACGGAGAUGAUGACGACUUCGCGUGA